AGAGAGAAUGCGAUAGAACUUGUUGGUCAAAUACUAGAAAGAACAAAUUGGAGUAUACGAAGUUACUUAUAUGGACAACAAACAAAUGUUAUCCUUAUUUCAUCAGAUAGUACUAUUAAUGAAAUAAAAAGGAUAAAUGUAAAAAAACAAAAACAAAUUGAGCUACGUAUAGAAUAG